AUGGAUCGUCAGGUGAUCCCCAAUGGCUAUUUCGAUGCCGGAAGUUGCAGCAUUGAUGACUUCAAGGUUCUGGUAGACCAGCAGUUGAGCGAAAGCGACGCGCCCCGCGCAGAGCGCGUUGUGUCGAACAUUCCGGUUUACAACGUGUCCGAGAUCAACAGGUUGCUCUCAGGAACUGAGGGCAGGCGUGGCCUACUGGCCGAGUGGGCGCAUAUCCUGAUGCACCGGUCCGGCGUUCUCGUGCUGGAGGGCGCUUUUUCCGAUACAACCCCACUCGACGCGGCAACGAGCGUCUUCCAGGACAUUAUCCGGGACGAGAAAGCAGCCUCGGGUGGUGGUGCGGACCAUUUUGCAGCUGCGGGCGCGAAUGACCGGAUCUGGAAUUCGCUUCAGAAACUGUGUCUCCGCGAUCCGGAGGCUUUUGCCGGCUGUUUUUCCAAUCCGGCGAUCGAUGCCGUUUGCGAGGCCUGGCUCGGUCCGAAUUAUCAAAUGACCUCUCAGGUCAAUCUCGUGCGGCCUGGCGGUGGUGCGCAACAGGCGCAUCGCGACUAUCAUCUGGGUUUCCAGACUGAGGAAGUCUGUGCAGACUAUCCCGCACAUGUGCACGAUCUGUCGCCGGUCAUGACGCUGCAGGGUGCCAUCGCGCACACCGACAUGCCCGUUGAAAGCGGUCCGACCAAACUGCUGCCGUUUUCCCAGCUGUACCGGCCGGGCUACAUGGCCUACAGGCAGGAUGUCUUCAAGGAGUUCUUUGAAAGUGCGUAUGUUCAGCUGCCGUUGAAAAAAGGAGACGCUCUCUUUUUCAAUCCUGCGCUUUUCCACGCGGCCGGGGAAAAUAGGAGCACAGACAUUCAAAGGCUGGCCAACCUUCUUCAGAUAUCGUCGGCCUUCUGUCGCGCCAUGGAAACUUUUGACCGCGAAAGAAUGUGCAAGACGCUCUAUCCGAUACUUCUGGAAAAGACCCGAUCCGGCAGUUGGGACAAGGCGAAAGUUGAUGCGGCAGUUUCCGCGUGUGCAGAAGGAUAUUCCUUCCCGACCAACCUGGACAACGACCCGCCGGUCGGCGGCCUUGCUCCCGAAACGCAAAAGCAACUGUUUCUGAGAGCGCUGGGCGAAGGAUUACCCUUGGAAGCGUUUUCGAAAGCGCUUGCCGAGCAGACCAGCCGGCGCAAGGCGUAG